GAAUAAAUGAAGUUUAACAUAUGAUAUAUUGUAGUGAUAAUUGUACAUGAUAUAUAAUAAUUAUAAUAAUUAAAAAUUUUAUUUAAACUUAACUUUUUUCUAAAUUUUUUAGUUGAUUAAAGAAAAAUUUAAUUAUAUAAUAAAAAAAAUAUAGAAUUAAUAAUUCUGUAUAAUAUUUCUCAUUAAAAUUGAUUACAAUUUCAAUGAAAAAUCCUUUAUUUAAUUUAGUUCUAUACGUUUCCUUGGCAACGUCCGAAACGAAAAUCAAAACAUAACGUGAAAAGUUAAAGAAAAAUAUUGCAAUUUAGUUUAAUUUUGUUUUUGCAUAAAAAAUGUCAUUUCGUGACUUAAGAAAUUUCACGGAAAUAAUGCGAGUUCUUGGUUAUCCCAGAUUAAUUUCUGUUGGAAAUUUUCGAUUACCGAAUUUUCCAUUAGUUGCAGAAAUUCUUGUUUGGCUGGUUAAAAGAUUUGACCCAGAUACAGAUAUACCUAGUGAUCAUAGUACUGAAGAAGAACGUAUCUCAUUAAUCCGCGCUGUUGCUGAAUUUAUGGCCUUAAAAACAAAUAUAAAAUUAAAUACGAAAAAAUUAUACCAAGCCGAUGGCUAUGCCGUAAAAGAAUUAUUAAAAGUUGCCACAUUAUUAUACGAUGCGCAAAAUAACAGUAAUAUUAAUAAUGUGAUGUCCGAUGACAAUUUUAAUACAAUUAAUUUCGACAUUUCCAAUAAGAUAAACGAAUUAAAGUCAACUAGACAAUUAGCUAGUCAGUUGACCGUAACUGGUGCAUCACUAUUUGAUUUGUUAGGACGUGAAGUUGAUCUCAGAGAAAUUCGUAAUUCAAAGGUUGCUAGACAAUUUGACAUCUCGGAAAUCGAGACGGCAUUGAAAAGCGUUAUUGAAAAUAUACGUAAAGAAAUUGAAGAAACCAAGAAACAAAUCGAGAGUGUCAAGGACACGGAACAGAAUUUGGAUGCAAGGAUUGAAAGGCGACGUGCAGAACUCGACAGAAAUCAAAAGAGAUUGCAAACAUUAAAAAAAGUACGCCCAGCUUUCAUGGAAGAAUUUGAGAAACUUGAAGUUGAAUUAAGAAUUUUAUACGACGAUUAUAUUCAAAAAUUUCGUUAUCUGGCAUAUCUCGAACAUUUGUACGAAGAUUCAGCUAAAACGGAACAAGAGAGAUUUGAAAGGCGGCAAGAAGCAACGCGAAAACAAUUAGAAAAGAUGAGAGCGGAAGAUAUCAACUUCGAAAGUAUGAUGGAAGGAAACGAUUCUAUAUUACCUACUAAUCUUCAAGAGCCACCACCUCCUCUUACCAAUAUUGAAAAACAAAAUACCGAAAAAAUAACGUCGAGCAGCCGAUUAAAAUCAGCUGGUCGAGCAUCGAGAAUGCAAAUAUCGCAACGUCGUAUUUAUGGAAGUAUGUCUGGACGUCAGAAAGGAAUUAUACAAGAAUCGAACGACAGUGGUGGAUCAUUAGAUAGCGACAGUGAUCUGUUGAUCGAUGGCGAUCUUGACGACGACGACGAUGACGAUAUCUUAGAUUCCGUCGUGGGAGGGCCAGAAAUUAGGAAUUUUGAUUUAAAGGUUGGGCAAGAAAAACGAGCCGUUAGUAAGCUAGAUCAUUCGGAUGAGGAUUUUUAAACAUUUACAAAAAAGAAUUACAAAAAUUCCAAAAUAUACCGCCCAUGUAAUUAUCGAUCUCUAUGCGCAUGUUUUUACAAUAACUGUAAAUAGAUAUUAAUAAAAAGUAAUUAAUAUUAUAGUCUUCGUGAUCGAAUAAUUUUGUAAAAAAUACUUAAGAUAUAUAUGUAUAUAUGUACGACAUACGUGUUUUAAAUAAUUUUUGAAAUUCAAUUGUUCGUAUAAUUGUACAUGUAUUCCAGACUUAUAUAUUUACGAAAUAUAUUUUCAAGGGAAUCAAAAUACAUAUUGUCGUCGUAUAAUAUUUAUUAAUUCUCUCAACACGGCCGAGCGGCAUGUUGAUUGUGGCUUAUUAGCACCGAUCACAUGUACGUAUUCAUCUCACCUAUCCUACAUGCUGUGUACGUAAAUACACGUACACUUUCCGUGUAUACACAUAUAUACAUAAAUGUAUGUGCGCGUAAAAAAUGUGACAUUACGAAAGAAAUUAUAGAAACAGUUUGCAAUAUUCAUUGUCAUAACGCUCAAAUCUGUAACCACUAUCUAGCUGACCAUAAAUACUCCCACCUUUGUGUUGUA